UGUGUCUUGAUUAGUGGGACGGCCUUAAAGAAGGCACCAGGAUGUAAGCACAUCUUGUGAGGGCCAUAUCUUAUAUAUUACAUGCGAUUUCCCUUUUUUUCCACAAUGUAUCACAUCAACAAAUAUGUGUGAUUUCUCCCAAUAGUGGAGGAUUCUCAUGUCCACAGCUUCUGAUGAAGGUAGAGAUGGUUGUGGGGGUGGGGGAUUCUAAUGGAAGAUGGCUGAGGAAAGUAGACAUGUGAUGAGGCAAAUGGCAACUUCAUGUGACCCAUGGCUGAGGGGCGGCUUGUAGAAGAGGACAAACACCCGCUUGUGUUGUUAUUUUCACUCAGUCAGCGAGCGCUGCACUCAGCAUCAGCCCACCUCGCCAGUCCUCCCCCCCAGGGUGACGCCACAGUGGUCACGAUGCACACGAUUAAGACUGUGGAAACCCAAGUGCCCUUUCUUAAAGAGAGUUUCUUCACCAGCACCUUCAAAGACAGGCGGAAGAGCAGCGCCACCAGCCUCCUACGCCGACAACAGCACUCUGUCGGCGCGCAGCAACAGCUGCAAGCGCCGUACAUAUCUGGUCUUCCCGAGGAUCUCUACCCUUUGCCCUCUGGGGGUGGUCAAGAGCAACCCCGUGCCAAGGAGCAGCGGCGCUUUCGUUCCAACAGCAGCCCGUUAUGCAACAGAUCUGAAUGGAGAGGAGCAGAUGGGGACAUAAAGGAGGGGCAAAUGGAGAGGAAGGAUCAGAGUGCCAGAGAAGCCCUGACUGGGAGGCGGGGUGAGCGAGGAAUGAGCGUCGGUGGCUGCGAGCCAGCGGCUGUCACCGCCAGUCUCCGCCUCCUCUCGUCGUCAUCGGCUGCAGCAUCCUCACAGCUGCCUACGACUGCGGUGCGUAAGCAGGCGGGAUUUGGCGGAGGAGCUCGCGAGGACCCCCAGCCCCAUGCCCACUCUCGACCCCAGCAGCACGGCCUCUUAGCGAGGGGGGUCCGCCUGCUACGCAGCAUGGGCAACCAGGAGGCCAAGCAGAAGAAAGGAGGGAAUGGCGGAGGCGGCAGGGAUGGCUUGUGCGAGGCCGGAGAGAAGGAAGUGGAGAAGAAAUCCAAAAGGUCCAACAAGACCAGCAAAGGGGAACAAAAUGAGAAAAAGAAAUCCAAGUCAGAUUCCAAGGUUUCCGUGUUCUCCGGGAUGAAGAUCAGGAAGAGUUCAAAGGCCAAGGGAUUGUCCAAGGAUGACUUGCUGGAGGACGAAAGGUUGGUAAAUGCAGCUCUCAAGCCUGGAGCAAAAACCAGCCUGUCUGCCGACGAGAUGGGAACGCUGUCGGAUUUUGAGGGCGAUCUGAGCCGAUUGACGGCAGGCAAAAAGCAAUCCAUUUUAGAUGAAAUGUGCCACAUGAGCGGCUCGGGAUCGGACGUGGACAUCUACAGUUUCCAUUCGGCUGCGGCUGACACCGAGGAUCUGCUCUCGGACAUUCAACAAGCCAUGAGGGUCCAGUGUGAAGACUCGCCCUUCCAAGGAGGCAGAGGCGAUGAGAAGGUUCUAUCCCAUCAGGCUUUGAACUUCGACAAGGACGUCUGUUCCCUUCAGAACAACAAAUCAGAGAACGAAAGCGAGCUCAUGUCCAGAGAUCCGUCCGUGCCCGGAUCACUGAGUGAAAGUGGACCAUCCUCGGAGACGGAGAGGAGCAGUGGAAGCCUGUUCCCAAAGACCAACAGCACCUUCAGCUUCCCGGACACUUUUACCACCACCACCUCCUAUGAGAGUGCUGAGGAUGACCUGGAGAGUCCGGUCGUGCGUCCUGGUCAAGACUGGACGGCUCAAGGCAACUUUCCAGGUGUGCCGUGUGUCCAGGUGGAAUCUGUAGUUGCAGGGCCCGUCGGGGCUCACAAGAGUGCAAGCAGUAUGGAUUUGUCUUCAGAGCGAGGGGUGGGAGACCAUAAUGCUGGAUGUGAAUUCCUGUCCCUGAGGAAGAAGAGUAGUCUAUCAAUCAGCCUGCUCACCAGCGAGAGCCCCACCAGACCGACUUCUGCCAUCUCCCCAUCCACUGUCAAACUCUACCCCCCAGUGCACCCCUCCUACGUGAAGACAACCACGAGGCAACUCACCUCCCCCAUCGGCUCUCCGCUUACCAGCCCCUGUGUGCCUAGGAGAACAGACUCUGGGGAACCCGACGAGGCCCAGGGACUCAGGGGGCGGAAGCAGAGGUCCAGUUCCAUCGCGGGGCCCCUCGGCACAUCGGCGGAUUGGUGCGAGCCCAACGGUCGUGAUGGAGCUGUCUUCUUGGAGCAGCAGCAACCCGAUAAGGGAGCUACAGGUGGCACUUACUGGACACUGGGCUCCAGGAGAGCCCAGUAUGCACACUCCAGGUCUUCCAGGGGGACGACGUCUUACCUUGAUAUCUUCUCUGGCCGUACUCUGCUGGACAGGCUGUGUAUGAACCAGGAGGAGGGCUCUUCAGAGGACCAGGCCAAGGAAAUGUGUCAGCAAAUGUUGACUCGGGGACUGCUGCACCCCUUCAGUGACAACGGAAGGGACCGCCACGGCGAUGCAAAGCCCGCUUUUAACGGGGAACAACUGUACACCUGGGCCACUGUGGGCCUGCCCGUGUCCUCGCACCUAUGGGAGCUGUACGGCGGGAAAACACCAACCAAAUCACAGAGUUCCGAAUCACCUUUGAAGGCCAAGUCAACAGCAGCAUCUCACCCUCAGACCGACUCCAGCAGGUUGAAGUCUGGUCAGUCUUCCUCCGAAGACGAAGGUGGCGUCAUAUCCCAGCUGGAGAAGACAAUCCUUGACCUCCGCGUGAAGAUGGCCGUGCUGCAGAACCAGCAGGUUUCCUCGGCGAAGGCCAGCAAGGAUGAUUCCAGAAGCCAGGAAGCGUUUGCCCAGACCUCGCCACUAGGAGAUGGGCUUAAGUUGGACAUGACCACCGGCUUUCCCAAACCUGAGGGAGGCUUUGUCUGCACGUGCCAGCAGAAGAACAAGAUUAUGCCACCUCCACCACCUCCUCCACCUUUACCUGAGCUUGGAUCUUGUCCCCCUCCCCCUCCUCCACCUCCACCACCUUUACCUGGGCUUGGAUCAUGUCCCCUGCCUCCACCUCCACCACCCGGUUUUGGAGCUCCACCUCCUCCUCCCCCAGGUACGGGCCCCCCGCCGCCGCCCCCUCCUCCCGGAAUGGGCCCCCCUCCUCCACCCCCACCCCCAGGCCUUGGCCCCCCACUGCCACCACCGCCGGGCCCCAGGUUCUCCACGACUGUACAGGAAGCCGCUCCUGCCAAGGCAGUGAUCGAGCCCCCCAAGCCAAUGAAGCCCCUCUACUGGACGCGCAUUCAGCUGCACACUAAGAAGCCGAGCGGCUCAUUAGUUUGGGAGAAAAUUCAAGAACCAACGGUGGACUUUCAAGAAUUUGUGGAUCUCUUCUCCAAAAGUGCUGUCAAAGAAAAGAAAAAGCCAAUUUCCGACACAAUCAGCAAAUCCAAAGCCAAGCAGGUGGUAAAGCUUUUGAGCAACAAGCGUUCUCAGGCUGUUGGUAUCCUGAUGUCCAGCAUCCAUCUUGACAUGAAGGACAUCCAGAAUGCUGUCCUCAAUAUGGACAACGCAGUUGUGGAUCUGGAGACCCUACAAGCGCUUUAUGAGAACAGAGCCCAAAACGAUGAGUUGGAGAGCAUCAAGAAACACAUAAAGUCGGCGCAAGACAAGGAGAACGCAAAGCCACUGGAUAAGCCCGAGCAGUUUCUGUUGCAGUUAUCUGAGAUCCCCAACUUCUCUGAAAGGGUUUUCUGCAUCCUUUUCCAGUCCACUUUUUCUGAAUGCAUUACCUCAAUUGCCCGUAAAAUGGAAAUCCUUCAAAAAACAUGCAAGUCUCUUCAGAGUGGCAAGUGUGUAUUGCAGGUUCUAAGCCUGAUUCUGGCUUUCGGGAACUUCAUGAAUGGAGGUAAUCGCACCCGGGGGCAGGCUGAUGGCUUCACCUUGGACAUUUUGCCCAAGCUCAAGGAUGUAAAGAGCAGCGAUAACUCCCAGAGUCUUUUGUCCUACGUUGUUGCUUACUAUCUGAGGCACUUUGAUGAGAAUGCUGGAAGAGAGACGUGUGCCUACCCUCUACCUGAGCCACAUGACCUUUUCCAGGCAUCCCAGAUGAAGUUUGAGGACUUUCAAAAAGAUCUACGCAAGCUGCGGAGAGACCUGACCGCGUGCUCCAGAGAGACAGAAAACGUAUGCAAGGUGUCCUCAGAAGACAACGUCCAGCCCUUCAAGGACAAGAUGGAUGCGUUUGUUAGCCAAGCCAAAACUGAGUUGGAAACACAAGAGAAACAGUUGGCGGACACUCAAAACACCUUCUUGGAACUGAGCACGUCCUUCUCAGUCAAACCCAAAGCGGGAGAAAAGGAGGCGUCUCCCAACACUCUUUUCGGUCUUUGGCAUGAGUUUUCCACGGAUUUUAAAGAACAGUGGAAGAAGCAGAAUAAACUGAUGCUAAAGGAACGGCUAAAAAUGGCAGAGGAGUGUUUCAGACAGGCCAAGGAGAAAGCAUCCUACAACGUCAAACCCAAACAUGCAACUGGAAUAAAAGCAAAACUGGACCAGAAGAUGUAAAGCAGAGAACGCUAAUCAACGAGGCUACUGCGCAAGUACCAUCAGAUGUGACACAUUAGUCAUUUUUACUCGAGUAUAUGUAUAUUUUUAAAUGGAUUUAAAAGUUUCUUAUCGCGAGUUGGCCCAUUUUAGGCGUAUUGAGAGUGGAAUGCUCAACCCCUUUCUGGCAGCACUUUUUAAAUUAUUGCUUGCAAAAGACAAAGUCAGGCAUUGGGGAUUAGGGUGUAGAUGCCAAAAAAAUGCUCACACUAUAACAACACUGUAUCCCUGCGUUGUAUUUUAUAAGCCAUAUGUAGAGCGUUUUUUUCUUCUAUUACAAUAGCCCACCCCAGUUUAAAAGAAAGCACAUUUUUUUUUCUAGUUUAUCAACAUAUACCAGGUAUAGAUCGCCGUGAAACAGUGCCUUAUUACACACAGUAGUUGACAAAUAAGUGCAGUGAUGAUUUUAGAGACAAAUCAUUUUUAAUUCAACAUUUCUAUUUAAAGGAAAGGUGGUUAAGACAUGACUUUACUUUCAUCCCAUCACAUACUGGUAGCCACAUGUUUAGCACCCCCGCCACAUUCGCUUGUCCCUAAAAAGGCCACAACCUCCCUUAAAGUGGCAGUGAUGUGAUGCCAUCAAGCUAUUAUUGCUUGUUUUAUGCUUUAAUUCCUAUCAGCUCGUUUUGCCAUUUUGUCAUAUUCACAUCAUACACCUAUGUGCUAACGGAACGAGAGGAUUACAUGACAUGUUUUGGAUUGAAUUCCUUUUGAACCUGAAAAAGAUAUAUAUAUAUAUAUAUAU